AUUACAUUUGUCCCACUUCAAUAUUUUCUCCUUUACAAUCAUGAAUGAGAAAUGACUUUAAUUUCAACGAGAUCAGCACUAAAUUACUUGGAUCAUCUUACAAAAUGUCAGAAAAGACAAACCUACAGGAUGCUGAUGGCAAAGUCAGCAGGGUGAUCCGUGUUGGCACCAGAAAAAGCCAGUUGGCUCGGAUUCAGACAGACAUUGUUGUAGAGAAACUCAAGGAGUUACACCCUGAUGUUCAUUUUGAAAUAGGUAAGAGAUCAUUGUCGAAUAUGCAAAACACAACAGGAGGUACAAUUCUUGACACCGCUUUAUCCAAAAUUGGUGAAAAGAGUCUCUUCACAAAAGAACUGGAAAAUGCUUUGGAAAAAAAUAGGGUGGACCUGUUCGUGCACUCUUUGAAAGACUUGCCAACUGUUCUUCCUGAAGGCUUCACUAUCGGAUCUGUGCUGAAGCGUGAAAACCCCCACGAUGCUGUUGUCUUGCACCCCAAACAUAAAGGCAAAUUUCUAGAAUCUCUAGCCAACAAGAGUGUUGUAGGUACCAGUUCUCUUCGCCGGGCCACACAACUAAAGAAAAUAUUUCCCCAUCUGGAGUUUAAAGACAUUAGAGGUAAUCUCAACACUCGUCUAAAGAAGCUGGAUGAAAAGGAUGGCUUUUCAGCCAUAAUUUUAGCAGCAGCAGGUCUUCGGAGAAUGGACUGGGAGAAUCGCAUCAGCCAGAUCCUUGGGCCUGAUGACUGCAUGCAUGCAGUUGGACAGGGCGCUCAGGCAGUCGAAGUGAGAGCUCGAGACCAGGACAUCCUGGAAAUGGUGUCAGUAUUAAAUGACUCCGACACUGUAUUGAAAUGCAUCGCGGAGAGAGCCUUUCUCAAACACCUGAAUUACUAUAUCAGUGAGAAUUACUGUAUCAAUGAGAUCUUUCGUUCUUAUGUGGUGGGUGAAAGACAUCUUGGUGGACUCAUAGAAAGGGAAACAGGAAUGACUGGAGAGAUCCUGGUAAAUGGAAAGCUCCGAGACCUCCGAACCUUUCGUAAAAUGUCCUGUUACAUUAUGCAAGAGGACAAAUUGCUGCCCCACUUGACUGUUCAAGAAGCAAUGAUGGUAUCAGCCAACCUGAAGCUCAAUAAAGACAAAGAGGUGAAAAAAGAGCUGAUAAAAGAAAUUCUGACAGCCCUGGGACUGCAUGAGUGUGUCCACACUCGUACUGUGUCUCUCUCUGGGGGGCAGAGUAGGAGGUUGGCUAUUGCCCUUGAACUAGUAAACAACCCCCCAGUCAUGUUUUUUGAUGAGCCCACCAGUGGUUUGGAUAGUGCAUCCUGUUUCCAGGUAGUGUCAUUGAUGAAGUCUCUGGCACAAGGAGGGCGAGCUAUCAUUUGCACUAUUCACCAGCCCAGUGCCAAACUAUUUGAGAUGUUUGAUAAGCUGUAUAUUUUAAGCCAAGGCCAGUGCAUAUACAAGGGAAGUGUCCCAUACCUCAUCCCUUAUUUGAGAGGACUGGGUCUUCACUGUCCCACAUACCACAAUCCUGCAGAUUUCAUCAUUGAAGUAGCGUCAGGAGAGUACGGGGACUUGAACCCAGUGUUGUUUGAGGCUGUUCAGGGUGGCAUGUGUGCUUUGGAGCAAAAGUGCAACUGUAUCGACAAAACCACAGUAACCCCAUGCACUGCAAAAUGUGUCAAAGAUUCAGGGCAUGUUGAGAGCCAUACUUUUGCAACAAGCUCUCUGACUCAGUUCUGCAUUCUCUUCAAGAGAACAUUUAUUACAGUAUGCAGAGACCAGUUUUGUGACACAAUACUGCAUUACGAAGACAAAUCAGAGUAA